CGCUUUCCGUGCUUCCCUCAAACCAGCUGAACACAGGAGGUCUUCUUGUAUGCAGGUUAAAGCAUCUUCACCCAAGGAUACAUCAAGUGCUAUUGAUCCUGAAGAAUUGUUCACUGAUCUAAAAGAAAAGUGGGAUGGUCUAGAAAACAAGUCAACUGUACUUCUUUAUGGAAGUGGAGCAAUUUUUGCAGUAUGGCUCUCUUCAGCAGUUGUGGGUGCCAUCAACUCCGUUCCUGUGCUGCCCAAAAUUAUGGAGUUGGUGGGGCUUGGAUAUUCCGGGUGGUUUGUCUACCGUUACCUUCUCUUCAAGUCCAAUAGGAAAGAACUAGCAGAAGAGAUUGAACAACUGAAGAAGAAGAUAUCAGGAACUGAAUAGACAGUGGGUGAAUGGGCCCCAUAAUCAUUUCAAAUUGGCCCGUGUUAAUUUUUCUUGGAUUAUGUAAGAGGCUUAUUCUUGUUUAAGGGUAACCUUGCAGAAAGCUUUUGUGUUAAACGUUCAUCUUGAUGUAAGAUUCUGUAGUUUGUAUUUAAGUUUACUCCAUGUGUUUAAGGAUCUACAUUACCUGACGCUUCAUCUGUUGUAAAUACAGGGGGCUUCUUGUUUGAUUUUCUGCGCCCAAAUACAAUCAAACUCAUUAACUCACCACCUAAGCAGCU